UGAAGCGCCACCUGGAAUUUAAAGGCGAGCGGGAAGGUUUACCAUGUCGGAGGACAAAGUUAUUCCAGUACGUGUUGCGAUACGUUGUCGACCCCUGAUCGCAAAGGAAUUGAAUGAAGGAUGUCAGAAGUGUGUACGUUUUAUCGACAAUGAACCCCAGCUUGUCCUAGGUUCCAAUAGAUCUUUUACUUACGAUUAUGUUUACAGUCCUGAUCAUUCCCAGCUUAAGGUUUACGAUACUGCAGUCAAACAUCUGGUCAAGCACAUCUUCAAAGGGUACAAUGCAACAGUUUUAGCGUAUGGACAAACAGGAAGUGGGAAGACUUACACUAUGGGAGGAUGUUAUGACAUGGUUGGUGAAAUAGAAAAAGGUGUCAUUCCGCGUGUUAUGCAGGAACUGUUCAAUGGAAUGGAAGAUAGACCAGAGUAUUCGUUCACUGUUAAAGUUUCAUAUUUGGAGAUAUACAAUGAGGAUAUAAAUGACUUACUGUGCCCAAUGUCUAAGAGAGAGCCGUUGGCUAUCAGAGAAGAUGCUACUGGAGGAAUCAGGUUACCAGGUUUAAGAGAGAAAACAGUGACGUCCUACGAAGAAACAUUGACCUGCCUUAGCAUGGGAGGUCAAGUCAGAACAACUGGAGCCACUGCUAUGAAUAGCACGUCCAGUAGAAGUCAUGCUAUCUUUACAAUACAUGUGGAAAUGAAGAAAAAAGAUGAUGAAAAUGACACCUGUAGUGCCAAGUUCCACUUAGUAGAUCUAGCAGGAUCUGAGAGAGCAAAAAAGACGCAGGCAGAGGGAGAAAGAUUUAAGGAAGGGGUGAACAUCAAUAGAGGACUUUUAUGUUUAGGCAAUGUCAUCAGUGCACUGGGUGAUGACAAAGAGAAAAGGUCCUAUAUUCCAUAUAGAGACUCCAAGUUAACAAGACUUCUUCAAGAUUCAUUAGGAGGGAAUUCCUAUACUCUCAUGGUAGCAUGUAUCAGCCCAGCAGAUACUAACAUGGAAGAGACAUUGAACACAUUACGCUAUGCUGACAGAGCCAGAAAGAUCAAGAACAAACCUAUAAUUAACCGUGAUCCACAGACGGCAGAGAUCAUAAGACUGAAACAGUUGGUAAUAGAAUUAGAGACAAGACUUCAGUCUGGGGGUUUAACAAUUAAGUGUGAGAGUUCAGUAGCUACAUAUACAUCAGUAUUUUCAUCUACAACAUCUACUACAGCAUCUACAUCCAUGUCAUACGCAGAUCAGGACUCUAUUAUGGACAAAGUCAAAGAAUUGGCAGAGAAAAACAAACAGCUAGAGGAAGAAAAUGAGAAGUUGUCAGAUGAACUACAGAGAGCUGUUGAUAACAGUGCUAAUCUAUGUGAGAAAGUUAUCAAGUUAGACCUGAAAUGUGAACGAUUGAAAAACAGACUGGAUGAUUUCAAAAAGGACACUGGGUUGGAUUUCAAUGUAUUAAGUUCAAGUUUAGAUGUGAACUCUCAUCCAGAGUUGAAAGAACAGAUGGACAAAUUGAGACAUCUUGCUGAGCGAGUUAAUGACGAUAAGGAGGAACCAGAAGACAGUAUACCAGAACAAGAUGAGGAUAUGGACCAGGCUGAGUCCCUUCCAGGAACCCCAGACAGUAGGGCUAUGUCUAAAGAAUAUGCCUUCAGGCAAGCCAAGAUGACAAAUGAAUUACAAGAACUGAACAAACUGCUGGAGAAAAAGGAACUGCUUGCUAAACAAAUGACUCAAAAUGAUGAUCAGAUGAAGGCAAUGAAAGGCCAAUAUGAUCAUGCCAUCAGUGGGAUGAAUUCUGAGAUAGAAAGUCUACAGAAAGAGAAAGAGGAAUUAGCACAGGCUUUAGAAAAUGCGAAAUAUAACUCGGCAACUAGCAAAGUGGCAGAGCAGAGAAGACAAAGAUUAAAAGAGUUAGAACAACAGAUGUCACAACUUAAGAGAAAAGUCAACGAUCAAACAAAACUGUUAAAAAUGAAGGAACAGUCAGAAAAACAAGUUUCUAAAAUGAAUGUGGAUAUACAGGGUAUGAAACAACAAAGAGUUAAGUUGAUGAAACAGAUGAAAGAAGAUGCAGAUGAAUUUAGACGAUGGAAGAUGAAAAAAGAAAAAGAAGUCAUGCAGUUACAACAAAAGGGAAGAAAAAGGGAUUGUGAGAUUGCCAAAUUACAGAGAGAAAACCAGAAACAACAAAGCAUUCUGAAAAGAAAGGGAGAAGAGGCUGCUGCAGCAAACAAGAGAUUGAAGGAAGCUUUAGUCAAACAAAAACAAGUUCAGAAAGAGAGAAAUGAAAAAUUUGAAAAAUAUGACACAACCAGUAUAGGAAAUAGGGUUAGGUCCUGGUUGAGUCACGAGCUGGAGGUCAGAGUCAGCAUCAGGGAGGCCAAAUAUCAUUUGAACAGGCUGCUGUCUGAUCGUAAGGAAAUGGUUAUGAAUUUGAAAGACUUGAAGGACAGGAUAGAUGAGGAUGCUCCACCCACCAAGAAGUUGGCCUGGAUAAAAGACGGGAAGUUAGACUCGUCAAGUUUUGAGGUUGAACAUGUAAAGAAACAGAUAGAGGAAGUACAACAACAGAUUGAUGAGAGGAAUGCUCAGAUAACUGACCUCCAACAAAAGGUUGUUGAUGCUGAUCAAGAAUGUAAAGGGAAAUCUAUAUGGGAGAGUUUACACACGAUGGUAGAGGCAAAGUGUGCAUUGAAAUGGUUACUAGAACAGGCAGUAUCAUCUAGGGCAGAUAGUAGUAAAGCCCAGGGUGAAUUACAAGAUUCUAAACUGCAUCACAUAGACAGACAUGGUGAAAUGGAAGAACUUCAGAAAGAAAUAGAGAAUUUAAAACACAAACAUGAAGACAAUGUAACCAGGAUACAGAAACAACAUGAAGAUAAGGUUUUGUUUCUGUUGAGACAGAUGAAGGCUGUAGAUAGUAGUGUGACAUUAGAUGAAGACGUUAGACAGAGAAUCAAAUUCCAGCAAGAAGAGAUUGAUAAACUGAGUAAACUACACGAGGAGGUUCAGAAAAAAAAUGACGAAUGUGAAUCACUGAAGCAGCAUCUGACCAAGGCCAUGUAUCAAGGGAAAAGUUUUGCUUUGAUGCCAAGUAUAGAUGCUGACCAUGAGGUGGCUUCACCAUUCCUUACGCCAAAACCUAAAGCUAAGGCCAAGAGGAAAACUGUGGAAAAAGAUGAGUCGUUUAUGAGUGAGGGUGAAUACUUUGCUGCUAUUAGUGAUGAGGAGGAUGGCGUGGAAGAGGAGGAGGAGGAUGUUAACAGUGAUGAGGAAUGGUGGAGGACACCAAAAUAUAAACGAAAACAAAGUUCAAAGAUAGUUCAGCCAAAAAAAGAUCCAUCAAGAAAUUCUAUAACAAAAUGUAACUGUAAAGGAAACUGCCUGAAGAAAAUCUGUGGCUGUCGAAAACAAGGCAUUGUGUGCUCUGACCAUUGUAAAUGUUCCAGUCAGUGUAGGAACAUAGAACAGCCAGGAUCAACAACCAAUCCAGACGAUGAUAGUAUUUCAACAACUCUAAACAGUACCUACAAUUUAGAGGAGAAAGAAAAUAUUUUGUCACAAAAUAGCAGUGCGAAUGAAUUUAUUGAGCCAAUGAUUCCUAAAAGGAAAUCUCGAACAAACAAUAAUAGUGAAAUAAGCUCAUCCACAGAGGGAGCCACAAAGAAGAGGAGACUACUCACUGGGAGUAACAGCUUUUUUAAACCUCUAUAGUUAUGAAUUUAUAGACAAUGCUUCAUGGAUACACAGAUGUUGGUGGUAGAUUUAGUUCACAAAAUGCUGUUUUGUCAAUUAUUCAGCACUGUCUAGUUUAAUGUAGGUUUGGAUGCCGGACUGAAUGACUGAUACAGACAAGAAAAGACAUUUAUGUUACCGCUAACAGUUUAUGAAAUUCAGAUGACUAUUGUAAUCAACGAACAAUUAAUUAUUACCAUAUAGUUAUCUGUCUGGCAUUAAAAAAAGUUAACUAAAGACUAUCUAUAAUCACUAAGGAUAUUUAUCUUUUAUGUCAUGUUUAUGAGAGAGAAAAAAAAAAGAAUGACUGGUUGCUGCAGUCUGAUAUCUGAGAAGAAAUCAGCUCUACUGAAAAAAAGAUUGUGCAAUAUUAUUUUAAUUUAAUUGACACCAAUGUUUAUAGUAAAAUAGUAUAUUUUCUUUA